GUCACUCCCUGAGCCAGCCGCCGCCUCCCCGGAGCAGCCCCAUGUCGCCCGGCCGCCGCGCGGCCCCGCAGCCCGCCGCGCCCUGAGGGCGGUGGACGCCUCGCACCUCCCCACAGGGCAGAACACAGAAGUAUGAUAGCAACAGGAGGAGUCAUAACAGGACUGGCUGCCUUGAAAAGGCAAGACUCUGCCAGAUCCCAGCAGCAUCUCAACCUUGCCACAGCUCCAGCCUCCGAGGAGCAGAAGCCGGUGCGGCGCCGGCCCCGGGCGGACGUGGUGAUCGUCAGGGGCAAACUCCGCCUCUACUCGCCCUCGGGCUUCUUCCUGGUUCUGGGGGUGCUGAUCGCCUUCUUCGGCAUCGCCAUGGCCAUCCUGGGCUACUGGCCCGAGAAGGAGCAGCUGCUGGGGGCCGCGGAGGCGGCGGCGGUGAACGGGACGCGGGCGGGGGCCGGGCGGGGCGGGCUGCUGCCGCGCUUCGUGGAGCAGCACCUGCACUCGCACCGCAUGAAGAUGCUGGGGCCCUUCACCAUGGGCAUCGGCAUCUUCAUCUUCAUCUGCGCCAACGCCGUGCUGCACGAGAACCGCGACAGGGAGACCAAGGUCAUACACAUGAGGGACAUCUACUCCACCGUCAUCGACGUCCACACCCUGCGCCUGAGGGAGCAGCAGCAGCCGGGGGGCGCCGCCGGCAGCCUGCUGGGGGAAGGAGAGCUGCGGCCGGGCGGCUCCUGCGCCUCCCAGCUGGCGGCCAACACCCUGGCGCCGUUCUCCGCCUUCAAGAGCGGCUUUCGGGCGGACAGCUCUGCUGAAGAGGAUGAGCUGACCCCGGCUGAAGAGAGGACCGCCGGCAGCCUCCUGCCGCCGCUGCUGGCUGAGCGCUCCGGCUCGGUCUUCGGGCUCUACCCUCACUGCGGCAAGGCUGCGGAGGAGCGAGGCGGCGGCUCCGCCCGGUGCGGCGCCAAAUCCAUCGUCUCCUCUUCCAUCAGCGCCUUCACCCUGCCCGUGAUCAAGCUGAACAACUGCGUGAUCGACGAGCCCAGCAUAGACAACAUCACCGAGGACUCUGAGAUCUCCCAGAGCCGCUCCAGGAACCUGUCCAUGGAUUCCUUGGCCCUGCCGGCGGCCGACGCGGAGGAGCGCUGCAGGCCAGCCGCCACCCUGCUGCCGCGGCACAGCUCGCUCGUGGACACUCCAGCCGAGCAGUCCAGGUCGUCCAUCGCUCUGGGGCCGAGCACGGGGAAGCUUUUAUCUCCUGGUGCCGCCAGGAAGCAGUUUGGGUCCAACACAUCCUUGCAUCUUCUGUCUUCACAUUCCAAGUCCCUGGACUUGGACAGAGGUCCCUCCACGCUCACAGUCCAAGCGGAGCAGAGGAAACACCCCAGCUGGCCCAGGCUGGACCGCAGCAACAGCAAAGGCUACAUGAAACUGGAAAACAAAGAGGACCCGAUGGACAGGCUGCUUGUGCCCCAGGCAGCAGCCAAGAAAGACUUCACCAACAAGGAGAAGCUGCUCAUGAUCUCCAGGUCGCACAAUAACUUGAGUUUUGAACACGAUGAGUUCUUGAGUAACAACCUGAAACGAGGAACCUCUGAAACCAGGUUUUAAUGCUGCAGCUUAGGAGAUGCCACACGGGAUUUUUAACUCAAUAAAAACAAACCCCAACCCAACAACUGACACUGGGACAAGUGUUUCCCUUUCAGUGAGACAGUGCAAGCCUGUUUUUAACCAAAUGCUUGACAGCCCAUUGCAUUUCAUCUGUGUAAAGAGGGAUCUUGGAUAAUGCCAAGGGGUUUCUGUCCUGGCACCAUGCAGCUGCACCUCUGUACAUUGCCAUUGCCCAGAGAGCUUUGGAGGGGACUGGUUUCAACCCUUCCCCCACCCCAGGGCAUUAUUUCUUUGGUUCUCUGUAAGUAUGUUGGGUUUUACAGCCACAGAAUUGUCAGGGUUGGAAGGGAG